AUGAAACGCGAGCACAUCCGCAUGUCCCCCAAAUGGAGAAAUGGAUAUGCACACAAAGAUUGUGUAUUUGUUAUUACUGACCCAAACGUUCCCGGAAUGCAAGGCAUGGACAUUGCGCAAGUACUUACUUUUUUUUUCUUUCGACUUAGGGGUAUAUAUUAUCCUUGCGCCGUUGUCUGCUGGUUUAACAGAAUUGACGACACGCCAGAUGAAGAUACUGGAAUGUGGAUGGUCUCACCAUCUUCUGAUGGUAACCAUGCUCACUAUGCAGUGAUUCACGUGGAGGCUAUUUUUCACUCUGCACAUCUUAUUCUGGUCUAUGGUACUGAACCGCUCCCCUUGUCGAUUAAAGCUCACCAUGUCCUUGAUAUAUUCACACUAUUCUAUGUGAACAAAUACGCUGACCAUCAUGCCUUCGAAAUAGCUUGGUAG